GAGUAAUCCAUACAUACAGUGUGAGGAAACAGAACGGGAGAGUAGUAUUAUAGAAAGGUGUGUGAAAUAAAAGAAGGUUAAUUCUUUUAAAUUUGUAGUAGUCUUUUGAGAUUACAAAGUAUUAAAUUUCUCACUAUAGUGGCAAUAUGUUGCUGUACUCGGGUAUUAUGUUUUCAGCGCUAAAAGGACUUGGUACCUUGUUACUCUCUUUUUCUUGUUAUUUGUCGUGGAUAUUAUUCCUACGGCUAAUUUUUUUUUAACACGAUUAUAUAAGAAUGAUGCAUGCUUUGUUUUGUUCUGCUUGUCUACCUUCUAUUUUUGGGAUAUGUGUGUGGUGAAGAGUGACAGUGGGUUCAGACAAUGACCAGUGAAAGGGACUAAAACAAGUUAAAGCUUAUCAUGAAGGUCUACUUGUUUAUGGCCUCUUCUUUUUUGUGGAUAGGAAGAUAGUGCUUUGCAUAGAGAGUAGUAUUUAUAAUAUCGUGCGCGGCCCAUUAAGUUCUAAGAACCUUAGGAACUCUAUUGUUUAUAACAUCCUAGCAAAGAAGAUGGUAGUCUCUAGCACUGAUGAUUUUCAGGCCACAGUUCAAAAAAGUUAUGACAAAAUGAGUGAGUUAAAAGCCUUUGAUGAUACUAAGGCAGGUGUCAAAGGGCUUGUUGAUGCUGGAAUCACUAAAGUACCUCAAAUAUUCAUUCUACCACCAAAAAACAGGCCGGAGUCCUUGGAUACAAGUGAAAAACAGUUCAUUUUCCCAGUGAUAGACCUUGAAGGUAUUGACGAGGACCCAAUCAAGCAUAAAGAGAUUGUGGACAAAGUUAGAGAUGCAUCGGAGACAUGGGGUUUCUUCCAAGUGGUAAAUCAUGGUAUUCCAACAUCUGUCCUGGAAGCAAUGCUGCAAGGAACACGUGAGUUUUUUGAGCAAGAUAUCGAGGUUAAGAAACAGUAUUACACUCGAGAUAUCACGAAAAAGGUGGUUCACACUAGCAAUUUUGAUUUGUAUAGCCCUUCUGUUCCAGCUGCAAAUUGGAGAGACUCCUUGUUCUUUUCAAUGGCUCCCAAUCCUCCCAGUCCAGAAGAAUUUCCAAGACCAUGUAGAGGAAUACUAAUGGACUACUCUAAGCAUGUGAUGGAACUGGGCUGUUCCUUGCUUGGAUUAUUGUCAGAAGGUCUCGGUCUUGAUCGUUGUCAUCUCGAAGAUAUGGAUUGCGCAGAGGGGCUCGGUGUUGUGGGCCAUUACUAUCCACCAUGCCCUCAGCCAGAACUCACCAUAGGCACCAAUAAACAUUCUGACAAUGAUUUUAUCACAGUGCUUCUACAAGAUGAUAUCGGAGGACUCCAAGUGCUUCACCAGAAUCAGUGGGUUGAUGUUCCUCCUACACCUGGUGCUAUUGUGGUAAACAUUGGAGAUCUUCUGCAGCUUAUAUCAAAUGAUAAGUACUUGAGUGUUGAGCACAGAGUAUUGUCAAAUAAAGUUGGACCAAGAAUAUCAGUUGCAUGCUUCUUCAGUACAGGUCCAUUACCAUCUUCCAAGUUGUAUGGACCAAUUGCUGAACUGUUGUCAGAAGAUAAUCCUCCGAAGUAUUGUGCAACCACAGUGAACGCCUUCAGUGAUUACUUCCGUAAAAAGGGUUUAGAUGGAACUUCUGCAUUGUUGCAUUUGAAGAUCUAACAUAGUAGUAUAGCAGUUGAAUGUAUGAUGAGUAUACCGAGAAUUUAACUUUUGGUGUAUGUUGCUGAAGCUUCAUAGAUGUUUGAAAGGCAUAAUUAAUAUAUAGAUGGACACUUUAACUUGGCCUCCA